CCCCAUGUCGCCACCUUCGAAGGCCUGACUUACCCUCUCAGCUUGUGCUAGUUCCUGCUCCCGCCAUGGGACCCACGGGGAGCGUGCUGGGUGACGGACAAAUGCAGAUCGUCCUGUGGGGGAGCCUGGCAGCUGUCGCCAUAUUCUUCCUCGUCACCUUCCUCAUCUUCCUGUGUUCUAGUUGCGACAGGGAAAAGAAGCCGAGACAGCACAGCGGGGAUCAUGAGAACCUGAUGAAUGUGCCUUCAGACAAGGAGAUGUUCAGCCGCUCGGUUACAAGCCUGGCAACAGACGCUCCUGCCAGCAGCGAGCAGAAUGGAGUCCUCACCAAUGGGGACAUUCUUUCAGAAGAUAGUACUCUGACCUGCAUGCAACAUUAUGAGGAAGUCCAGACCUCAGCUUCAGAUCUGUUGGACUCUCAGGACAGCACAGGGAAGCCAAAAUGUCAUCAGAGUCGAGAGCUGCCCAGAAUCCCUCCUGAGAGCGCAGUGGACACCAUGCUCACGGCGAGCAGUGUGGAUGGGGACCAGGGGCUGGGGAUGGAAGGGCCGUAUGAAGUGCUCAAGGAUAGCUCCUCCCAAGAAAAUAUGGUGGAGGACUGCUUGUAUGAAACUGUGAAAGAAAUUAAGGAAGCGACGGCCCCUGGACACCUGGAUAAAGGCCACAGUGGCAAGUCCAAGUCUGCUUCUGCCUUGAAAGAGCUUCCAGGUCUCCAGACUGAGGGCAAAGCAGAGUUUGCCGAAUAUGCCUCCGUGGACAGAAACAAAAAGUGUCGCCAAAGUGUUAAUGCAGAGAGUAUUCUUGGAACUUCUCCAGGAAACGAGGCAGAAGAAGAGGCCCCGCCACCUGUCCCUGUUAAACUUCUGGAUGAGAAUGAAAACCUUCAGGAGGAGGAAGGGAGAGAGGCAGGAGAAGAAAGAAUCGCAGAGAGGACCAGUGAACCCAACAAGAGAUUUAGUUCACUGUCAUAUAAGUCUCGGGAAGAAGACCCGACGCUCACAGAAGAAGAGAUCUCAGCCAUGUACUCAUCAGUGAAUAAACCUGGACAGUUAGUGAACAAAUCAGGACAGUCGCUUCAAGCGCCAGAGUCUACCUACACCUCCAUCCAAGGGACCCCUCAGAGGUCACCCUCCUCCUGUAAUGAUCUCUAUGCUACUGUUAAAGACUAUGAAAAAACUCCAAACAGUACACUUCCACCAGCCCGAAGACCCAGCGAGGAGCCAGAGCCCGAUUAUGAAGCAAUACAGACACUAAACAGAGAGGAAGAAAAGGCCACCCUGGGGACCAACGGCCCCCAUGGCCUUGUCCCAAAGGAGAAUGACUAUGAGAGCAUUAGUGACUUGCAGCAAUGCAGAGAUAUCACCAGGCUCUAGCAACCCAGAAGAUAACUCCAGAUGACCUGUGAUUCACCUGGGGACGUUUCUUCUGUGGAAGAGAAGAAGUGACAUAAAUCUGUGCUUUCCAUGCUGCUUUAGUCAACUGAAGACAAGUGAAGAUGCCAUGACUGUUUUCCCAGUUUUUCCAUUUCUGAGACAGGUACGGACCUGGCUGCACCUGAGUGUGUAACUGCCUGCCAGGGGGACAGGCACACCCAAGCACAUCUCCCU